UUUUAAUUGAAUAUUAUUAUUGAUGAGUAGCCUAAACUCAAAAAGUUUAUUGGAUGCCUUCUCUGGAAGCAGCAAGAGCUCGUUCAACAUUGAACAAAAGAAUACUGAUGACCAGAUAAGUAAAUCUGAUACUAUAAAAGGAAUCUGUAUAAUGGUUGUCUCCUGAGUUGCCAUUGGAAUGAUGGGAUUCAGUGCAAAGUUAAUCUACCAACAUUUUGAAGGCCUCAAAGCAUUUGACUUGCUGCUAUUUAGGUCAUUUGUGAUGAUACCAACAGCUUAUAUCCAGGCCAAAGGGCUUAGAGUCAACUUUUUAGACAUUCAGAAGAAGAAUAUAUCUGUACUGUUUAUGAGAUGUUUCUUCGGAGUUAUUGCUCAAACAACUCUGUUCAUGAGUUUUAGCUAUCUGCCGGCCAGUGUGUCAUUUAUGAUUUUCAAUGUGAAUCCUGUUUUUGUUAUGAUCCUUGCUUACUUUCUUCUUGGUGAAAAUUUAACAAUCACUAAAGGGAUUUGAUGACUUGGAGCAUUUUUAGGAAUUUUAACCGUGGGCAUUGGAAGAAAUAAACAUGAAUCAGAAGGACAAGAUAUUCAAACUUUUGGGAUAAUUUUAUGAGUUGCGUCUUCAUUGUUCGUCAGUAUGGCAUACUGAAUGAUCCGUAAAUUAAAUAAAGAGGUACAUUUUAUUUUCUCUCCUUAUUAUCUCUCAUACGCUACACUUAUUGUAUGAAUCUUGGCUUAUUUAUUCGGAGAAGACCAAGUGAAUCCUUCUCUUUACACUACAAAGGUAGUGAUAAUUUGUUGAUUAGCUGCUAUCUUCCCAAUUACACAUCAAAUUCUUUUAAGCCUUGCUUACAGAUACUGCAAUGCUUCAACCUUAUCUCCAAUACUUUACGCAAGCGUUGUGCUAAACAUAUUCACAGACACACUCUAUUUCCACUACGAAUUCUACUGGACCGAUCUCAUUGGCGGACUUCUCACAAUAAUUUGUGUUCUGGCCCCUGUUGUCCUAAUAAUAAUUAAAAAAGAAGCUUAAACCCUUUCAA